AUGUUGAACGAGGAACAGCGUUACGCUUUUGAUGCUAUCUGCGACAGCAUACAAUCCCGACGAGACUGCAUGUCCUUUGUAGAGGGUCGACCAGGAAGAGGGAAAACGUUCAUGGUCAACGCGCUAGCAUCGACUCUCCGUGCUUCAGGACACAUCAUUCUGAUUGUCGGAAGCAGCGCACUCUGCGCAACAGCAUACAAGCGCGGUUGUACAGCUCAUUAUAUGUUCGGAAUUCCCGUGACGGAAGACAACGUCGACCUUCAUUCAACCAUCCAUCCCUUCUCCGCUCGAGCAGAUCUCAUUUGA